AGGCGGGGCGAGGGCGGGGCGGACCCAGGAUAGAGGAGCCGGCUGGCCACGAGCUCCUCCUGAAUCUCAGUGCGCGCUCGCCCCUCUGCCGGUCUCUUCCUUGCCCGAUUCCCCAAGCCUCUGCCCCGCCAUGGCCGCCUAUAAGCUGGUGCUGAUCCGGCAUGGAGAGAGCGCCUGGAACCUGGAGAACCGCUUCAGCGGCUGGUACGACGCAGACCUGAGCCCCGCCGGGCACGAGGAAGCCAAGCGCGGCGGCCAAGCGCUGCGAGAUGCUGGCUAUGAAUUUGAUAUCUGCUUCACCUCUGUCCAGAAGAGAGCAAUUCGGACCCUUUGGACAGUACUGGAUGCCAUUGACCAGAUGUGGUUGCCUGUAGUGAGAACUUGGCGCCUCAAUGAGCGGCACUAUGGAGGUCUGACAGGCCUCAACAAAGCUGAGACAGCUGCUAAGCACGGUGAGGCCCAGGUGAAGAUUUGGCGCCGAUCCUAUGACAUCCCACCACCUCCAAUGGAGCCCGACCACCCCUUCUACAGCAACAUCAGCAAGGAUCGUCGCUAUGCAGAUCUUACUGAGGAUCAACUGCCCUCCUGUGAGAGCCUCAAAGACACCAUUGCCCGGGCUCUACCCUUCUGGAAUGAGGAAAUCGUCCCCCAGAUCAAGGAAGGAAAACGUGUUCUGAUUGCAGCCCAUGGCAAUAGUCUUCGAGGGAUUGUCAAACAUCUUGAGGGUCUGUCUGAAGAAGCAAUCAUGGAGCUCAAUCUGCCCACUGGCAUUCCCAUCGUGUAUGAGUUGGACAAGAAUCUGAAACCCAUCAAGCCCAUGCAGUUCCUUGGGGAUGAAGAGACCGUGCGCAAAGCCAUGGAGGCUGUGGCAGCCCAAGGCAAGGCCAAGAAGUGAAAGCAGGCUGCCAGCCCGCGCCAGCAGUAGCCAGGUCCUUCCCUUCUCACUGUCUCCACAUCUCUCCCCUGCCUGUUCCACACACUGACCAUCGCCUUAGGGAUCACAACACAUAGCCGCAGGUGGGGACCGAUGGUUCCUUUUCUCAUUUCUUCCUAUUUCAGACCAAUUUCUUUUUCUCCUGUUGCCCCUGCCCUCAGCCACAUUAGUCAGAAUGCCUCCUGGGUGGUUUGGCCCAAUAAGGGCCUGGUUA